UGAUGCUUAACUCCCCCUUUCUUAAUGCGGCCGCGAGGCAGAUAUUCUUAAGUAUGAUCGAAUCGCAAGUCAUUGGUUCUGAUUUGGGUCUUACACCAGCAAAAUACAACUGUAGUGUUGUGCUUCUUAUCUUUUGUAAUUGGAUCAUUGUGUUGAGUGAUUCGUUUAAUGUGUGAAUAAAUUACGAUCAGUUGAAUUCAUUGUGUUGUGAUAGUUGAAUUCUGAGAUUAUAUUAGAUAUGUGUUAGUGUACAAUUUGUUUUGUGUUUAAUAGGUACGUAGGCCAACAUAAUUGUAAACCUCAACAGUUCUUAAAAUUCAUUGUGUUGGAGUAAAUAGCAGUUCAGAAACAAGAUUAAUUCUCAAGAGACAGACGCCAAGAGGGGAACUGAGAAAAAAACGGAUAUAAUUCACCAAAUUCUUUCACAAUUUCAAAGAUUUCUGUACAUGUGGGAUAGCUGAUACAUACUCCAAUGUGGGAUAGCUGAUACAUACUCCAAUGUGGGAUAGCUGAUACAUACUCCAAUGUGGGAUAGCUGAUACAUACUCCAAUUAUUGUUUCGUCUAUUCUUUGGGAGAUUUUCUUUUGUUAAUUUGUUGAUUUUCUGUUAGUGUCCUUGUUUUGAAUUCCAUUUGGAUUCUUAUAAUGUUGUGACUGCCGUCUUAAGGGAUAAAACAUGACCUUCACUUAAGUUCCACUGAAGUGCCCCCUUGUCCAAGGACAUGGCGGGAAUCAUAGUGAAAAAAUGUCCCUGUCUGCGACCCAAGAUCGAGGAGGAGGUCAAGGUGCUGGACUAUAGACACUCCAGUCUCCACGACGUCCCCAGUGAGGUGUUCAACAGAGAGAGAACCCUUGAAGUGCUGUACUGUGAUUCCAAUCAGAUCCGAGACCUGCCCAGGGAACUCUUUUACUGUCAUGGCUUGCGACACUUGAGUAUCAGUGACAAUGAGAUAACCAACAUUCCGCCUGCUAUCUCCAGCCUGGGAAACUUGGAGGAGUUGGACUUUAGCAAGAAUGGUAUUAUUGAUGUUCCAGAGAGUAUCAAAGGUUGCAAAUAUUUGAGAUCCAUCGAUGCCAGCGUCAAUCCACUUGGCAAGCUACCUGAGGGAUUUACUCAGCUGUCCAACCUGACUCAUCUGUUUCUGAAUGAUACUUUCUUGGAUUACUUACCUGGCAGUUUUGGAAGAAUGGUAAAACUUCGAAUCCUUGAAAUGAGAGAAAAUCAUCUGAAAACUUUACCGAAGUCAUUUGGUCGUUUGACUGACCUUGAAAGACUUGACAUUGGGAAUAAUGAGUUCACAGAAUUGUCUGAUGUUAUUGGUGAGUUGACCAGCUUACUGGAACUGUGGUGUGACAAUAAUCAGAUAGCAACCAUAACACAUACUAUAGGUAACUUAAAACAGCUCAUGUUUCUGGAUGCCAGCAAGAACCAACUUCAAGACUUGCCAGGAGAAAUAGAAGGCUGUGUAGCUCUAGCAGAUCUCCAUUUGACAUCCAACAAUCUCAUGUGUCUGCCUGAUUCUAUAGGUAAUUUGAAUCAUCUGACAACACUUAAAGCAGAUGACAAUCAGCUGACAUCAUUACCGAAGACUUUAGGAGGACUAUCUUCAUUAUCUGAGUUAAAUGUCAGUAUGAAUGACCUGGAAGAUUUGCCAGCCAGCAUUGGCCUGUUGAGAAAUCUCAGGACAUUUUAUGCUGAUGACAAUAUGUUGAAAUAUUUACCAGCUGAGCUUGGGAGUUGCAGUGGUAUAACUGUACUAUCAAUGCGCAGCAACAAAUUAACUUAUAUACCAGAUGAGCUUGGUCGCAUCCCUCGUCUAAGAGUCUUAAAUUUGAGUGACAACUACUUACGUUACCUCCCUUUCACCAUCAUUAAGUUGAAAGAGCUGCAAGCUCUUUGGUUAACAGAGAAUCAAACACGACCAUUGAUUCCUUUACAAUCAGAGACAGAACCUGGAACUGGAAGAAAAAUACUGACCUGUUAUCUUUUGCCACAGGGAGCAUCAGAACCAAAUGAUGAGCGAGAUCCAACGGGAGACACUGAAAGUUUUCAUGCUUCAAUGUGGGAUGAAGAAAGACUUCUGCGCCAACAGAUUCAUUUCGAUUUUGUUGAUGAUUCAGAUGAAGAGGGUACUCUUGUACGAUGUCCAACUCCAUAUCCAAAAGAAAUGAGAGAGAAAGUGAGACAUGCACGAAAUCUAGCCAUGAGACAGAUGAUGAAUUCAGGAGAGAAUAGUGUGGAGGUAGAUACAGGUGCUAGGGAUUCAGUAGACCAUACUGGCAGACUAUCUGGUGGCUUUGAUGAGGCAGCCUAUGGUUUUGUCAGAGGUCAGUCUGAUGUGAGAAUGAGAGAAGCCAGAAUAACAAAGCCUGUAUCUCCCAAGCUGCAAGAGUCUCACAGACUGUUCAGAUUUGAUAAGGAGAAAAUUAUGAAAGAUAAAGCAAGAAUGCAACAUCGUCUCUCAGUUCCAGAUUUUGAGGGUGAAAUGAAUAAGUUAAUAAUAGAGCAAAAAAUUAAAGACAGAAAAGUCUCAGCUGAUAGCAGUAUCACUAAAAGGUCUGGUUCUGUUCCAGACUUAACAGGGAGUAAAAAUAAAGAAGGUUACAGUGCAGGAACUUUGCCUGCUGCUAAUUAUGAAGAUCUUUACUACAAGCAGAUUGUUCAUCGACACAGAGGACGUCGCUCCAGGAGGAUGAGAGAGUAUGACUCUGAUACAGGCUACCGCAGUGACAAGGAAAUUCGCUACAGAGAUGCAGACAACAGGGGUGCUAACUCUGAAAUUCUGUCUGUACGCUCUCAGCCACUGCCUUCCCACCAUUUUCACCACCAGCAGAAUGGUAGGAGAAAAGAUGGUGCUGGUUAUGCCAGUGACCUUGAAGCAUACAGUGCUGCUGGAAGCUUAUUCCCCACUGCCAAUGCUGCAGCUGCAGCCUUCCAGCAAAAACUUGGACAACGACCCUCUGCCAGCACUUCUAAUAAGCCAGAUAAUUCACCAGCAUGGCGGCCAUCUAAAAACAUUCGUCCACAAUCUCCAUCCAGAUCAGAGCCUCGGCAUGUGGGCAGCCGAACAAACAGUUUUCACCCAUCCCAUUACAGAAGGACUAGUAACCCAAAAGAAGCCAUUCCAUCAUUAGACAGAGAGAGUGUAAGGGCUAGUAAGCAUAAUGUAAGUCAUGAUUCAAAUAGCACUGCAUCUAACGAUGAAUUUUAUAAACAAUUCCCUGGCAAUGAGUAUUACCCUGCUGCCAACGUCAAAGGCAAUAACUCUAAUGAAAAACUAUAUAAUGAUGACUAUUUCAUAUCUGGUCAGCCUCAGACCAGUUUUAAAGACACUAAUUCCGGUGGCCCUUCAAAAGUACAACUAAAAGUAGGGCCACAAAUACAGAGCCCAGGGCCUCCAUCACAAAGACUCCUGGGGUCAGGGCCACCUGUUGCCCCGAAGCCAAACCUUGGCAGUCUGAGUGGGAGCAACCAAUCUCUCCAGCAUGCCCCAUCCCCAUCACCUCCAGUAUUCAGCAAAGACAGUUUUCUAGACCAGAGCACACCUGUGUCAAAUCCAGCUCCACUAUUAGGGGCUACAGCAGCAGCCAAUAUCUCCACAAGAGAGCGAAGAGGAAGUAAUCUGUAUACUGUUAUUGAAGAAAGAGGAACUGCUCAAAAAAUUUUGACUAGUCAAACUUCACAAGGUUCAGCAGCCAACACUCCACCACCUUAUAAUCCUGCUCCACCUUACAGAAGGCCUUCAGACAGUAGGACUCCUGGCCCACGAACUGAAAGGCUGUCUAGUGACUCAUCCUCAAGUCGGGUAGACUCUCCUCAUACCACAUCAUCUGCAGCCACAGCCAUGAUACUAGCUACUGCAUCAGGUGGCCCAAGUGUGCCCAGGUCACAGUCUUCCCCUUGUGGUUUCCAUGGUAAUAACCCUUUUCCUGAGCUACCAGCAACUCCAAGAGAAAAGCUUAGCUAUUCAGACUAUGCUGACCUUGAUCGCAGGAAUCAAGGCCGCUGUCAUGUCAGAGACAAUCAGACCACUAGGUCAGGCAGCAGUUCAUCACAUAUUGGUUCUGCUUCACAGAUAGGACAUUCAUACCACUCAGGAGCUAGAGCUCGAGACCGCUCAGACUCAUCAGAUUCACACAGAUCAUCCAUUAGAGAAUCACCUAAUACUACAAACAGGCAUGAAAAAACUUUUGAUCAAUACUCCGGUCCAAUGGAAGCUGCCAAUUAUGAGGACUUUACCAUGAUUCCCAACCAAGAACAAUCAUCUCAGGUCUCUAGCUCCACAGACAGUGGCUAUGGGCCAGGUGGGCACCAUGUUUAUGAACGUAUUGGGGAGUAUGCCAGAAGUAAAGCUGAGGGUUACUCCUUACGAGGAGGUCCAGGGUCACAUAGCUCAGGAGCGACCUCAACACCACCCUCACAAAGAAUGACACCUGUAAAAAAUUCUGGAAACUCUUUGUCAAGGGAUGCUACUCCUUCAAAGGAUUACAUGAAACCAGACUCCACCACACAAGAACACAGGGAACAGUUUCGAGUAACAAUAAAGAAAAGUCCUGGAUUGGGAUUUUCCAUAGCUGGUGGUAUUGGCUCCCAUGGCAAUCCAUACAGAGCCAAUGAUAUUGGAAUAUUUGUGACAAAAGUCACUGCUGAUGGGCCUGCCUCUAAACACCUUCGUUCCGGAGAUAAACUUUUAGAGGUCAACAAGGUAGACUUUCAAGCCAUUGAACACAACCAGGCGGUAGCAGUACUCAAAACCAACCAUACUGUUAAUCUACUUAUUGAGAGAAUACAGAAAGUCAACAUGGUUUAAUCUGUGAGGAUUAAGGCUUAUUUAACAUAACAGUGAUAUUUGAAAGAUUUAGUUUUAUUGAUUUAUUUUUAAACUUUAAAAAAAAAUUCUUUAUAAAUACUGAAAAUAGAUAAACAAAAUGACAAUUUAUUUUAACUUAAUUUUAACCACUUUAUUGAGCACUAUUUAUAUUUAUUACAUUUUUUUUUUCUUUUCAUACUUUAUUAUUUUUAACCACAUGGAACAAAGCAGUUAAGGCAAACACUUUUUAUCCAUCUUUUACAUUUCUUUGGCCUCAUGUCCAACUGGUCAAAUAUUUAAGCCUACUCACCUAGUUAUGUGGAAUGUCAGUAGGCCCUAUAUCAAAAAAUCAAAAUUUUCAUCCACUACAAUUCAAUGAUUAUAUUGAACAUGUACUUUUGCAAAACAUAUAUUAAUUAUUUUUUUUACAUUUCUGUCUACAAAAUAACAAUCCUUAUUUUUAUUGAAAUAUAGUGACCAGUGAUCUUAGCAUUUAUUGGAUUAUUCAGAGGGGGAACUGGAUUUUACUUAGAUGUUAAACAUAAGAUCCAAUGUUUUGAGACAUAUCAACAUAUCUAAACUAAAAGAUAUAUCCCAUCCAAAACUUAUCACUGUUUAUAAUUAUAGAUAAGGUACCUAAUUAAUGUUUUUCUUACUAUAAACAAAUACCAAUUAACUCAAAUUCUUUUGUUUAUUUGUUUACUAAUGUGUUCAGUUGUGAUGUUAAUUAAAAGCAUUUUAAAGCAAUAAUUUGAUUUGAUUAGAAUCAUCUUAGUUAUGUAAUAUUUUACUAGUUUAGUAGAUAUUUGCUUAUGCUUAAAAACCUUUUCAUUCAAUUAAAUAUGUACUAUUGAAGUCUGUUGGUUUGUACUACAAAAAGAAAACCAGUGUAAGUUUUUUUUUACAACUUUGUAUUUUAAUUUUCCUUUUGAAAAAUGAAUUAUUUAUUUGAUUUCUUUUGAUGUCAGUUGUGUUAAAAACUUUGACAUAGCAAUGUCAGUUGUGUUAAAAACUUUGACAUAGCAAUGUCAGUUGUGUUAAAAACUUUGACAUAGCAAUGUCAGUUGUGUUAAAAACUUUGACAUAGCAAUGUCAGUUGUGUUAAAAACUUUGACAUAGCAAUGUCAGUUGAAAUAAUGAGCUUGAACUUUUUUUUUUACAAGAGCUGUGUAGUAGUUGAACAUAGAGCUUUGUCUGUUAAAUGACCUUGCUAUAAACGUUCCCCGACAUUAAGACAUGAGAAACUGUGAAUUAUGGUGUUGAGAUCAAGCAUUUUUCAAAAUGAAAAACUAUUGGCAUCAAUAUCUCUCAGAUGUUGGUCAACAAUUAUUUCAUAUCUUUUCCUGAACUCACAUAUAAAAUCCUUAUAACUAUCUAAUAUGCAAAUGGCACAAUUUAUUUCAAAAGGAUUUUAAUGUCUCAAAAGUUUUUGUUAAGUUAUAACUGCUGAUUUAUAUUGCUAUGCAAAAUUUGUCUACUGUACAGUUUUUAAAAAAGUUUACUUUAGACAACAUCUAUCUUUUGUUAAGCUAAAUAUAAAUAUAUUUAUUUGAAAUUAAAAGUCUAUAGGAUCAGUAGGUCUAGUAGUGACCAUAUAGCCUACUAUCAUUUUUUAAAAGAAUAUGUAAUACCUUAUCAAUUUUUUAAAAAACAUUGUAGAUAAAAAAUAAAAAUUACUGGAUGAUAAUUCAAAUGCAUGUCAACCUGUUAGCUGCCUUAGUUUUAUUGAUUUAUUUUUAAACUUUUUUUUUCAAUUUGUAAUUCUAUAUAAAUACUGAAAAUUGAUAAACAAAAUUAAAAUGUAUUUUAUUUUUAUUUUUCAAUUGAUGGGGGGUAACUUAAGUUCAUUCUGUGUAAAAUAAAGUGUAAAUUAUCACAGAUAACAAAACAAAUAAUGUGAAAUCCAUAUUUCCUUUACUUCCAAUUAAAAUAUUUAUUUUUUCAUUAAAGUCUUACAACUUUUCACAUUUUGUACAUUAAUGUAUAUUGCAAAGUUUCAAUUAAAAUUAUGAAUAUCAAUGCUAAUUUGUUGCUGUUGAUAAGUCUACAUGUUUUAUAUAUAACUUGACACAUGUUUCUAAUUUUUACUUUGUGUUUAAACUGCUGAUGGAUUACAUUCCACUAAAUCAUAUUUCUAUUUCUACAUUUAUUCUAUACAUCUCUUUUGUACAAAGUUUAUACAUUUUUUGUGAACAUGUUUAGCUAUUUUACAAUCUGCCUUUAGAUCUACAUUCCAUCCCUAAUUUGUAUUGGUGAAUAUCAAGAUCUGGCAUAUUUUUUAAUUCUUGUUGUUUUGGUGUUUAAAUUAAUGGAAUAUAGAUUGAUAAUUAUAUUUAAUUACAUGAUGUUCAAGUUCUCUUCUUGAUCCUGUCACCAUAUACAGGCCUAUUUGAAAUGUAUAGUUAAUAAUUAAUAUGGACCUAAUGAAAAAGAAAAAUUUGAUUUGCCUGCCCUAUUAAUAAACUAGUUACCUGAUGUUUUCAUUGGCUCAUUAACUACCAUUUACUUUUGAUGGAGGAACAAAUUGUAAUUAAUUAUUCAAAUCAUUUUAAGUAUAUUUUACAAAAUUGUAUAGUACUGAUAACUUACUGUUAUUUUUGUUUGAGUAUUAUUAGACUAAUAUUAAACAUUACAAUGUAGAUUGUUGUGAAUUGUAAAUUAAUCAUCAUCUCAUGAUUUAUGUAAACAAAUUAAAUCUACAUUUCUAGUUUUGUAGUUACUUUAAGUUAUAUAGAUUGAAUGCAAGACUCAAAAAUGUUACAUUGAAAUGGCAGCAUUAUGAUUUGAUAAACAAACAUACAAACUCCAUUUUUUUAAUACAUUAGAAUUGAAUGGAAUAAAACAUGUACAUAAAUUAUA